UCUAUUUAUCCUCUAAUCUCUAAUUGGAAAAAGAAAUGAGUAUCUCUUUUACAAUAAUAACAAACAUUUUCCUAGCUUCCUUCCUUAAUAAAUUUAAUAAAAAAUAGGAUUGAACUGAGGAAUGUUCAUAUCUAGUAUUCUACAUUGAAACCCUCAGAAUGUAUGCUUAUCUUAAGUCACAGAUAUAACAUAAGUACACAAUGAUUUUAACUUAAGUGUUUUUAUUAGAGGCAGAGGUCACAAUCCUAUAAAAACUGACAUAACUUGUUUUUUUACAAAGUCCAAGAUUUCUCAAGAGUCCAAAGUGACACUGUAAUUUGCAGGUGUUAUAAAUAAUAUAAUAUUUACCAGUUUUAUUGAGUGUACAACUAUACCAGGAGAAAUAUGGAGGAAGUUGAUGGGAAUACAGUUUUGGCGCAAGCUUUAAAGGCCCAGGGAAUAGAAUUCGUUUUUGGGAUAAUUGGAUUUCCAGUUAUCGAACUCAGUAUGGCACUUCAAAUGGCUGAUAUUCAUUAUAUUGGUAUGAGGAAUGAACAGGCUGCUUGUUAUGCUGCUCAAGCAAUGGGUUACUUAACUGGUAAUCCAGCAGGAGUUUUAUGUGUAUCUGGUCCAGGAGUAUUACAUACUUUUGGUGGCAUGGCAAAUGCACAAAUAAACUGCUGGCCAGUUGUUGUUAUUGGUGGAGCAGUAGCACAAGAUCAUGAAGGGAUUGGAGGGUUUCAAGAGUGCAAUCAGGUAGAAUUAGCUCGCCCAUAUAGUAAAUACUCUGCUAGACCCCCGAGUAUAUCCCUUAUCCCUCUUCAUGUGGAAAAAGCCGUAAGGUUAGCCAAAAAUGGUCGACCUGGUGCCGCAUACUUGGAUUUUCCUGCUAACAUUUUAUCAGGGAAAGUAGAUGCUAAUAAAGUACUUCCACAAUAUGGACCAACUGAAGUUCCAGUCAUUUUUCCAGAUCCUCAAAAGAUUGCAGAUGCCGCAAAACUUUUAUCUACUGCCAAAAGACCACUGGUAAUAGUUGGAAAGGGAGCUGCAUAUGCUAGAGCUGAGAAUGAAGUCAAUCAACUAAUUAACUUAACUAAUCUUCCAUUUCUGGCUACACCAAUGGGCAAAGGUGUGGCCCCAGACAAUUCAAACAAAUGCGUUCAGUCUGCCAGAUCGUUGGCUUUACAGAAGGCUGAUGUUAUUUUACUCUUGGGCGCUAGAUUGAACUGGAUUUUACAUUUCGGAAGACCCAAUAGAUUUUCACCAGAUGUAAAAGUUAUUCAGAUUGACAUAUCAGCAGAAGAGUUGCAUAAUAGUGUAAAAUCUGAAGUGGCCAUACAAAGUGACCUAAAACCUGCCCUAGCCCAACUAAUAAACCAAUUUAAAUUAAACCACUUUGUGUUUUCUGGACGCGAACAAUGGUGGAAUGAUUUAAAGAAAAAAUGUGAGGAUAAUAAGAAAGCUAUUGAGGCCAUGGCAAAUGAUACACAAGUUCCACUAAAUUAUUAUGCAGUAUUUAAAAACAUUUAUGAGCUACUGCCAGAGAAUUGCAUCAUAGUGAGUGAAGGCGCUAAUACUAUGGAUAUUGGCAGGACAAUGCUUUUAAAUAACUUACCAAGGCACAGACUAGAUGCUGGAACUUUUGGAACAAUGGGGGUUGGUCCAGGGUUUGCAAUCGCGGCCGCUCUUUAUUGCAGACACAAUGAACCAACAAAAAGAGUGAUUUGUGUCGAGGGAGAUUCCGCUUUCGGGUUUUCCGGAAUGGAAAUUGAAACUAUGGUAAGGUACAAGCUUCCCAUUAUCAUCAUCAUAGUGAACAAUUCAGGGAUUUAUACUGGAAUGGAGCCUGAUGUUUUUAAAGAUGUGCAAGAGAGUGGAGAAAUUACCAAAGUAACACCACCUGGAUGUCUCACAAGUUGCACUAGAUAUGAUAACAUGAUGUCUCUGUUUGGCAGAACAGGCUUUUUUGCACAAACAGUUCCAGAGUUGCAAAGUGCUGUGAAAGAAGCUUUAAAUACCUCUGAUGGCCCCACUAUUAUCAAUGUUAUCAUAAAUCCAACUGCUGAUAGAAAACCACAGGCUUUUAAUUGGUUGACUGAAUCCAAACUGUAAAUUUACACUAUUCUUAAUAUUAUUUUGUUAUUUCAUUUGUUACUUACAUAUUUUCUAUGUAUAUUAUGGAGUAUAUGGUUUAAAGUUCUUUAAUUUAA